AUGUAUCGUGGUCUUGUGCAGUCGGCUCUACUUGCCAGCUCUGCCUUGAGUAUUUUUGCUGCCGCGAAUCCGGUACUGCCUCGUGCCGACUCUUCGACCGGUUGGGGAACUUCCACUGGCUGGGGCUAUGGGUCUGGUGUCGGGAGCACACCCGUUGGAGGAUGUUCAGCGGGCCCUACGACUACCUUGACAGUUACGUUCCCGGGAGGUCCAAGUUCUUGCCCAGCUCUUCCGCCGCCAUCUACAAUCACCGUGAGCACUUGUCCUGGAACCACCCCAGUAGGUGGAGUUACCGGCUGUUCAAACUCGCCUCCCUUCACAAUUACGGUCACGACUGGAAGCCAAUGCCCACCCACCACACCAGUUGGGCCAGGAAACUCUUGCCCGACUGUGCCGCCCUCUACUAUCACUGUAGGCUCCAAUUGCCCUCCAAGUCAACCAUGCAGCGUACCAUCAACAAUCACAGUGACUGAGAGACAGAACUGCCCUCUGCCCACUGGUGGAAGCACCACCACUGUCACAGUGACCAGCCCGUCAACUUGUCCAGUCUGCUCGCCACCCAGCUCCCCUGUUGGCCCUUGUGCUACCUCGACCGUGGUAAGCACUCUGACUUCUACAACAACAGUGGGCGGUGGAAUCUCAACAACCACAGUUAUUAUCCCGGCCCGGACCAUCACCGAAGGCACCACCGUUGUUUCCACCAUUCUCGGUCCUGGCGAGACUACUACCGUCUUCUCUACCAUCCCAGGUCCAGUUCAGACAACCACUCUGGUAUCUACGGUUCAAGCCCCUAGCCAAACUGCCACUGUUGUUUCCACGGUUCAGGCUCCCGGCCAAACCACCACAGUUGUGUCCACAGUUCGCGGCCCAGUUGAGACCACGACCGUUGUUUCAACAGUUCAAGUUCCAGCUUCGACUACUACAGUCAUUUCGACAGUCCCAGGCCCUAUCCAGACACAAACCGUCACCACCACAGAGGUUGGGCCAGGACAGACGUCCACUAUCACACGCACUCUCACAGUGCCAAACAGCCCUCCAUCCACAGUGACGACCACAGUAUCCCAGCCUUGCGGCAUUGGGCAGACAGUCACCGUCACUGGACCAACGUAA